CCGCUUUGACUCCCAGUGACAUCGAGACGUUCAGCGUCACCUUGACGUGAUCCACGUGCAGACUUGGCGCGUGAUGCUGACCGUUAGGUGAACGAGGCACCAUGAUUCUAACGGUUGUAUCGGGCUGGCGAGGCUUGCUGGCAGUGGCCGGCCUUUCUCUAACGGUCGAAGGACUCUACUAUCUCAUCCGUUACCUGAAGCGGUUUCGCGAGCGGCGGCCGCAGGUACUUUUCUUCCCCGCGCCGGUGACGUGCGUACGUCCACUGCUGCUUUCGAGUCCCGGCCAUUGUAGCUGUAGCCUGUCCCACCGGGAGAGUGCACUGAGCUGCCUGACCCGCCUGUUGCUCAGUGCUCGCCGCUCGCUCGAUGUCUGCGUGUUCACCAUCUCCAGCGUAGAGUUGAGCAACUCAGUGCUAGCGGUGCACGGCCGCGGGGUGCGGGUACGGGUCAUCACCGACUCGGAUUACAUGGCGUUAGCCGGUUCGCAGGUCGGCGCCUUCAGGAGAGCUGGUAUCGAAGUCAGACAUGAUCAGGAUGCAAACUACAUGCACCACAAAUUUGCUGUGAUUGAUGGAUUGAUCCUCAUAACUGGAUCUUUGAACUGGAGUGCCCAAGGCAUUUUUGGGAAUAAAGAAAAUGUAAUCAUAAUUAAAAACACUGAUGUUGUGAAGGCAUUUAUUGAAGAAUUUGAACGACUUUGGAAUGAAUAUGAUCCGUCAAAGUAUAGCUUUUCUCCUAAAAGCUGAACAGGAACCACAGUUUUGAACCAGUUUGGAAGAAGUGGCAAAUAAUGUUGUGGUUCUGUUCGCCGAGCUGGAAAUUUUUGUUGCAAACGUUUCGUCCCCUGUCUAGGUGAC